UAUACAGCCCCCUCAUCAUCUUAGUCGCCCUCCUCUGGACCCUCUCCAAAAUCUCAAUGUCUUUCUUGUACUGAGGGCUCCACACCUGGACACAGGACUCCAGAUGGGGCCUCACAAGAGCCGAGUAGAGAGGGACGAUCACCUCCCUGUCCCUACUGACCACCCCUCUCCUGAUGGAGCCCAGGAUCCCAUUUGCCUUUCGAGCUGCCAGUGCUCACUGCUGGCUCAUGUUCAGUCUCUCGUCCAUAUCUCUCUGUCAUUUCUUGGUGUUUUUGGCCGAGGUUGGAAAAUGUUUUCGUGCCAAUCGUGGAGCUCUCUGUCACCGCCUUGCCCAGCUCUCCUUGCUUGGAGGUUGGUCGAUGCGUUUGAAGGUAACGCUCAUCCUUCUGUUCGCCAUCCAAACUCCCCUCUCUCUGGAUUUGAGCUUCUGGGGCUGAAUCUGGGCAAAUUCCAGUGGAAAAGCUCUAAAAACACAGUUUGACCAGCAUGGGGUCAAAGUCAGACUGCAUCUGUUGACAGAUUCAGCCGCAUGUGGACAGGCAAGGCUGUGGGGACAGCAAUGCUCCCACAUGAGAUGGGUCCUUAAGGGCCACAGAACCACGGAAGGGGUUGGGUUGGAUCAUUGAUCCAGCUGAUCACUGAAGCACAGAAUAGCUUGGAAGGGUCCUUAAAGAUCACAGAACUCCAUAAGGGCUUCGGUUGUAAGAGUCCUCAGAGAUCAUAGAAGCACCAAGUGGGUUGGAAAGGUCCUUAAAGAUGAUCGAACCAAGUAAUGGGUCGGGUUGGGAGGGUCCUCAAGGUCAUAGAAGCAUAGAAUGGUUUGGAAAGGUCCUUAAAGAUGAUCGAAACAAGUAAUGGGUCGGGAUGGGAGGGUCCUCAAGGUCAUAGAAGCAUAGAAUGGUUUGGAAAGGUCCUUAAAGAUGAUCGAACCAAGUAAUGGGUCGGGAUGGGAGGGUCCUCAAGGUCGUAGAAGCAUAGAAUGGUUUGGAAAGGUCCUUAAAGAUGAUCGAACCAUGUAAAGGGUCAGGUUGGGAGGGUCCUCAAGGUCAUAGAAGCAUAGAAUGGUUUGGAAAGGUCCUUAAAGAUGAUAGAGCCAUCGAAGGAGGACACGAUGGCUUGAUGGUGAUAAGGGGAAAGCGGCUCUGGUGCUGCACUUGAGGAGAAUGGGGCAGCUCAAAGGGAGUCCUGGGGUGCACCAGGACCAAAUGCUCAAAACCGGCACCCAAAAGGGAUUGGAAUCACAGAAUCGAACACAGAAUCACAGAAUGGGGUUGGAAGGGACCAGGGAGAUCGUGGAAUUAUAGAGCUAUGGGGUUGGGUUGGAACAGACCUUCAGGAUCAUAGAACUGUGGGGUGGGUUGGGCUGGAAGGGCCCUCAAAGAUCAUAGAAUCACAGAGUGAUUGGGGUUGGAAAGGUCCUCAAAGAUCAUAGAAGCACAGAGUGAUUGGGAUUGGAAAGGUCCUCAAAGAUCAUAGAAGCACAGAUUAGGGUUGAAAAGGUCCUCAAAGGUCAUAGAAGCACAGAGUGGGGUUGGAAAGGUCCUCAAAGGUCAUAGAAGCACAGAGUGAUUGGGGUUGGAAAGGUCCUCAAAGAUCAUAGAAGCACAGAGUGAUUGGGGUUGGAAAGGUCCUCAAAGAUCAUAGAAGCACAGAGUGGGGUUGGAAGGAUCCUCAAAGAUCAUAGAAGCACAGAUUAGGGUUGAAAAGGUCCUCAAAGGUCAUAGAAGCACAGAGUGAUUGGGGUUGGAAAGGUCCUCAAAGAUCAUAGAAGCACAGAGUGGGGUUGGAAAGGUCCUCAAAGGUCAUAGAAGCACAGAGUGAUUGGGGUUGGAAAGGUCCUCAAAGAUCAUAGAAGCACAGAGUGGGGUUGGAAGGAUCCUCAAAGGUCAUAGAAGCACAGAGUGGGGUUGGAAAGGUCCUCAAAGGUCAUAGAAGCACAGAGUGAUUGGGGUUGGAAGGGUCCUCAAAGGUCAUAGAAGCACAGAGUGAUUGGGGUUGGAAGGGUCCUCAAAGAUCAUAGAAGCACAGAUUGGGGUUGGAAAGGUCCUCAAAGGUCAUAGAAGCACAGAGUGAUUGGGGUUGGAAAGGUCCUCAAAGGUCAUAGAAGCACAGAGUGGGGUUGGAAAGGUCCUCAAAGAUCAUAGAAGCACAGAGUGGGGUUGGAAAGGUCCUCAAAGAUCAUAGAAGCACAGAUUGGGGUUGGAAAGGUCCUCAAUGAUCAUAGAAGCACAGAUUGGGGUUGGAAAGGUCCUCAAUGAUCAUAGAAGCACAGAGUGAUUGGGGUUGGAAAGGUCCUCAAAGGUCAUAGAAGCACAGAGUGGGGUUGGAAAGAUCCUCAAAGAUCAUAGGAGCACAGAGUGGGGUUGGAAAGGUCCUCAAAGAUCAUAGAAGCACAGAUUGGGGUUGGAAAGGUCCUCAAAGAUCAUAGAAGCACAGAGUGGGGUUGGAAGGAUCCUCAAAGAUCAUAGAAGCACAGAUUAGGGUUGAAAAGGUCCUCAAAGGUCAUAGAAGCACAGAGUGAUUGGGGUUGGAAAGGUCCUCAAAGGUCAUAGAAGCACAGAGUGAUUGGGGUUGGAAAGGUCCUCAAAGAUCAUAGAAGCACAGAGUGGGGUUGGAAAGGUCCUCAAAGAUCAUAGAAGCACAGAGUGGGGUUGGAAAGGUCCUUCAAGACCGCAGAACUGUGGGAUGGUUGGGUUGGCAGGGAUCACAGAUCACCCAUCCAAACCCCAGGCUGAGCAGCACCGCGCUCACACCCCACACCUGAGGUCGUUCCGCUCCAGCUGGCCUUGAAUUCGAGCAGCAUUCACGACCCAACGCUUGGUAGCAUUUCAUACCUGUCAAAAAAUUCCACGCGAACGCGUCGGCCCUCUUUUAUUGUUGGGCCGUGGUUGUGGGGAGCUUUUUGUUGUUGUUGUUGUUAUUUUUACUAUUUCACUGAAGCAGCAGGAUGUUGGAUAUUGGGAAGGGGGACGGAUUUGGCCUCAGCUCAGGUUUUGUGCCUGCAGCACCCUCCCAUAUCGCCCUUCUUCCACCAGCAGAAGCCUACAGCUAAAGGGCUGCUCACCGCUCCCGGCUUCUCCAUCAUUAUUUUUUAUUUUUCAAGUGUGAAUUACAGGCAAAAGACAAAGAGAAAAAGGGAGAGACGCUGGCAAAGGCACACAAAAGGAGGGGGAGAAAUCCCACCCCGUUCUGCUCGUCCCACAAACCGCAGCCGAAAGCCACCGCGCAGCACAAAUCCACGGUGGUAUUUGGAAGGGAUGAGCCCACCCCUGUAAGCCCCUUCAUCCCGCUCCGCUGAGUUUGCCAGGAGGAUUAACCCAGUCUUGUUCUCAAUCCCAGUUUAUGAGUUCCCUGCUGGUGGGGAAGAUCCUGUGUGUUUAAACAACAGCCUAAUUAAUCCCUAUUUUAUUACUUUCCCUUGUGAAGUGGCUAAAUGGGAGCUGUCAGCCGGCAGCCACCGCCGCUCGCAUUUGUUUAGAUCCCAAAUUACUUCAUCAGAACCAUCUGCUCCGCACGCAGGGCACUUGGUGGUUGUUUGUUUCUCUCUCUGGACACAGUGAGGGGCACAAACAGCGUCUGGGAGAGGGGGGACGGUCCUGGAGGGGUCCGCAGAGGAAAUCCUGAGCGUGGAAAAUCCAGGCACUGAGCAAUGGAAAGGAAAAGAGGACCCCAAAAUCACUUUUAUUGCUGGGGAUGCGUGGGUGCAGCUCCAUGCGUCCCCCUCCUUCCUCCCUUGGUUUCCUGAGCCCCUUAAAUUGGGUGUUUUCCCUCUGAAAAAGAGAGGGGGGGGGACUCACUGCAGCGUCCCAGCACUGAAAGGUGUUUACAAAGCAGACAGAGGCUCGAGGAGAUGUGGGGCAGAGGCUACGAGCUGCUCAUUCCAUGCUUAUAACAUUAACCCCAUGGUUCUGUGAUCUGUAAGGACCCAUCCAACCCAACCCCACCCCAUGGUUCUGUGAUCUGUAAGGACCCAUCCAACCCAACCCCACCCCAUGGUUCUGUGAUCUGUAAGGACCCACUCAACCCAAUCCCACCCCACAGUUCUAUAACCUUUAAGGACCUUUCCAACCCAACCCCAUCCCAUGGUUCUGUGAUCUGUAAGGACCCAUCCAACCCAACCCCAUCCCAUGGUUCUGUGAUCUGUAAGGACCCAUCCAACCCAAUUCCAUCCCAUGGUUCUGUGAUCUGUAAGGACCCACUCAACCCAAUCCCACCCCACAGUUCUAUAACCUUUAUGGACCUUUCCAACCCAACCCCAUCCCAUGGUUCUGUGAUCUGUAAGGACCUUUCCAACCCAACCCCAUCCUCCACCGCCGAUUUUCUGCCCAUCUGCCUGUCGCAGUAACGCUCCUUACUGCACUAUGGGAAAGAAAACAUGAAAUUUGAUGCUGUUUCCCUGGCAAAUCCUAUUGGUGGGGGGGAAAAUCCCGAUUUGAAAGGGCCGGAUGGGGGAAUCCAUUGAGCUAUCGGUGCGGCACGCGUUAAUUACUGAUGGUGCUUUUUUGAAAGAAGUCUGCCUUGGUGUGACAGCUCCAACCCAAUCUGUUCCCCAAUUCUCCCCUUCCCCGAGCUCCUGACCCCGGGUUUUGCUUUGCAGGCUCUUCCAGACCAAGUGCAGCAGCUGCCUGAAGGCCAUCGCUCCCUCCGAGCUCAUCAUGCGGGUGCUGGAGAACGUCUACCACGUCCACUGCUUCUAUUGCUGCGAGUGUGAGCGGCGUCUGCAGCGGGGAGACGAGUUUGUGCUCAAGGAAGGGCAGCUGCUGUGCCGCAGCGACUACGAGAAGGAGAAGGAGAUGCUGAGUGCCAUCAGCCCCACGCCAACCGAGUCCGUGAAAAGCGAGGAUGAGGACGGCAGCCACUCGCACGGCAAAGGCAGCGAGGACAGCAAAGACCACAAACGCUCCAAGCGCCCGCGCACCAUCCUCACCACGCAGCAGAGGAGGGCGUUCAAGGCUUCCUUUGAGGUCUCCUCCAAACCCUGCAGGAAGGUGAGGGAGACCCUGGCGGCGGAGACGGGGCUGACGGUGCGGGUGGUGCAGGUGUGGUUCCAGAACCAAAGAGCAAAGAUGAAGAAGAUUGCACGCAGGCAGCAGCAGCAGCAGCAGCAGCAGGAGCAGGAGCAGAUGGGCAAUCCUCGCCUGGGGUCCGGGAGGGGGACCGGGCGCAGCAGCAGGCAGAGCAACGACGACAGCGAAGAUGGUGCAAGCGUUCACGGCCUGGAUGGGCUGAUGGUCCCAUACCCCCGGCUCCCCCAGCAGCAGCUGCUGGCCCUGGACCAGAAUGGCUACAGCACGGACCUCUACAGGCAGGGCCUCACCCCACCACAGCUGCCCGGAGACCACCUGCACCCCUACGAUUCAGAAGGAGUUUUCCAUGACAUGGACAGCGAGAGCAUCAGCCACCUGGGGGACUGCCUGCUGUCGACGGCCGAAGCCAACCUCCUGCAAGCCCGCGUGGGCAACCCCAUCGACCGACUGUACUCCAUGCAGAGCUCCUACUUCACCUCCUGACCUUCAAACUGCUCUCCACCAGGACCCAGUAUCCAGUAUCUCGGAUGGGUGCUGCUCUGGGUUCGGACACGAGACAUUCCUUGAGUGCUGCACAACGGAGGAGGCGGCGGAUCCGGCCCGAGCAGAAGGCGCUAUUCUGCAACCCGAAGGACUCGGGGUUGCCUCUCUCCUUACUUUCUAGCCUCAGUGGACGGUAUGAUGUUGUUUAGCUGUUCCUUUAGCAGUUUGUCCCGUGUUUGAGCAUGACGUCCUUCCGACACAGACUGGCCAAGCCGAGCGGAGCGGCCCCAAGCAGCAGCGCAGGCUUCUUCCUCUUGUUUAUUCAAUCCCUGCUGCGCUGGUUUGCCUCGUUCCUCAGCCCAGACGCUUCGUGGGGCAAGGUUAAUUUUCAACAAGGUCCUGAGGCCUCUCCAAGGGACGCCUCUCUCUGCUCCAUGCCCCUCUUCAUGGCCACCGCAGGGCAGCUUUCAUCUGACAUUUCACAAAGGCGCCGUCGCCUGGCUUUGGAAUGAAACAGCUGGGAUCGGUGUCUGCCUCCAGAAAUGGGAGCAUUUCUGCUCCGUUAAGGAUGCCAAGAGGAAACGUGGCAAAGCCGCAGCGAGUUCCCCGUUGCUGUCACACCUUUCGUCCUCCAAAGGGGCGCUUUCACUCCGUUUGUGGACAGAGCACAAAAUCACAGCUGCCAGCCGUGCUCCUUUCUGCUUUUUUUUCUUUUCUUUUCUUUUUUUUCCAUUUUGAAACAGCAAAGUGAAGAGGAUUUGCCCCAAAAAUAUUCCUGCUGGAAAGCCUUUAUAGCUUUGUCCACAGCAGGUUUUAUUGGCAACCCUGCUCACGGCUGGUGGGUUGGAACCAGAUGACUUUUGAGGUUCUGUCCAACCCAACCAUCCCAUGGUUCUCUGAUCUUUAAGGACCUUUCCAACCCAUUCCAUGAUUCUGUGACCUUUAAGGACCCUUCCGACCCAACCAUCCCAUGAUUCUGUGAUCUUUAAGGACCUUUCCAACCCAUUCCAUGGUUCUGUGAUCUUUAAGGACCCUUCCAACCCAACCAUCCCAUGGUUCUGUGAUCUUUAAGGUCCUUUCCAACCCAACCAUCCCAUGGUUCUGUGAUCUUUAAGGUCCUUUCCAACCCAAAUCAUCCCAUCGUUCUGUGAUCUUUAAGGUCUCCUCCAACCCAAACCAUCCCAUGGUUCCAUGAUCUUUAAGGACCCUUCCAACCCAUUCCAUGAUUCUGUGACCUUUAAGGUCCUUUCCAACCCAACCAUCCCAUGGUUCUGUGAUCUUUAAGGUCCUUUCCAACCCAACCAUCCCAUGGUUCUGUGAUCUUUAAGGUCCUUUCCAACUCAACCAUCCCAUGAUUCUGUGACCUUUAAGGACCCUUCCAACCCAACCAUCCCAUGGUUCUGUGAUCUUUAAGGUCCUUUCCAACCCAACCAUCCCAUCGUUCUGUGAUCUUUAAGGUCCUUUCCAUCCCAACCAUUCCAUGGCUCUGUGAUCUUUAAGGACCCUUCCAACCCAACCAUCCCAUGGUUCCAGGACCUUUAAGGUCCCUUCUCGCCCAACCAUCCCAUGGUACUGUGAUCUUUCAGGACCUUUCCAACCCAACCAUCCCAUGGUUCUGUAAUCUUUAAGGUCCUUUCCAACCCAACCAUCCCAUGAUUCCGUGAUCUUUAAGAUCCUUUCCAACCCAACCAUCCCAUGGUUCUGUGAUCUUUAAGGUCUUUUCCAACCCAACCAUCCCAUGGUUCCAUGACCUUUAAGGUCCCUUCUCGCCCAACCACCCCAUAGUUCCACGAUCUGAUCAUUUCCCACCCUGACUCCUCUUCCAGGCAUCCCAGCACCUCGCUGCCCUCCAAUACGUGAUGGCAGAAAUAAACUGGAUGCCUUUACCCCCCGAAAUCUCAUUUGGGCUUUGAAGGGAACCCAGCAGCGAUGCCAGGGCUCAGCCAAGAGCAAAGCGCGUCUCUGCUGCGGGUUGGGAGCAGGGAUCCAUUUUCUCCCCCCCGUCACAACGCCCUUCUCAGCGAGGCAGAGAGAAGCCAACGGGCACCGAUGCGAAUCACCGCCCCCCU